AUGGAACUCUUGAAACAUAUUAUACGAUUCAUGAAGAAGAGUGCCGAUGGUGAGUAUGACUUCUUGAAUUUCUGGGAAGCCAACCAAAAGUUCUUUGCUAUGAAGCAAGGAACCACAGAAAACUUGAUGCAUUUCAAGGAACAAUUCUUGAGACAGGCUGAAGUCCUGCAAGAUCUAUAUGGCAAUGCCUGGUUCCAAAAUUUUGCAGUCAAGACCAAGUCGUAUGCUGCUAUUACUAGCACCAAUACUGCUGCUAAAGAUAAGUUCAAGGAUGAUAUCUUUGAAGCCGUUCUUGCAACAGAAUUCCUGUGCAAAUGCGAUCAAACGAGAACAGCUCCUCUGAUGCUGGAUCUUCAGACAAACUACUACAGGGAAGUGGAUUAUUAUCCAAAGACGGUCAGCAAAGCACAAGAUAUCUUGAAGAUUCACAUGGAUGUGAUUAAGAAUCCGGGAGUGAACCUAUACCAAGGAAAAGACCAGCCAAAUAUAGGUAAAGGUAAACCAAAGGACGAAAAGAAAAAGACAGCAUGUUAUGAAUAUGGCAGCGAGGACCAUAUGUCUCCAAAAUGCUCAGACAGACUGCUACAAGAGAUUCAAUGGAAGCAUCCAAAACACUAUGUUGAAUAUGGGAAGAAACUCAAUCUUAAUCAGAUUGGAGCAACUGUCCCAGCUACAGUUCCUGGAACUUAUUUCUAA